AUGAGGUUCGUUAAGAGUGGUAAGUUAUCCCAGAGGUUCAUUGGGCCUUUCGAGAUAUUGGAGAGAAUUAGGGAAGUGGCAUAUCGAUUGGCUUUACCGCCACAACUUUUGGGGGUUCACAAUGUCUUUCAUGUGUCGAUGCUCAAGAAGUAUGAACCCGACCCUUCUCAUUUGCUAGAUUGGUUUGAUUUGGAGGUGGAUGAGGAUGCGUCUUACAAAGAGCGACUUAUUCAAAUACUAGAUACCCGAGAGCAAGUGUUGAGGGGUAAAACUAUACCGUUAGUGAAGGUGUUGUGGAGACACCAUGGGGUUGAAGAAGUAACGUGGGAGCGGGAAGCAGAAGUUCGCUCCAAGUAUCCAGAUUUAUUUGAACCUGCCUAA